CACGAAAUUAGCCUCGAUUUAUCUGGUCGCAUUCAUUCAUCUAACCAAAUUCCAGACGGCCCCGGGAAUCCAAUUGGGAGUGGAACUCCUCGAGGAGAGAUUAGUAAUUUGAGGCGCUGCUGCUGAUGCAACUGCCCUCUCCGGAACUCCGCCCUCUUUUCUCUCUCAAGAAAACAUCAAACCCAAGAGAAAAAGAGCAAAUCCAUCCAACGCAUACUCUCUCACUCUCUACUCCUCACUGCCAUCACCACCACCACACAGUGCUCUGCUCUCUUCUCCACUCCAUCAUUUCCUCCCCACCACCGUCCACCGCCAUGGACACUUAUGAAGCUACUAAGAUAGUCUUCUCCAGGGUCCAGAGCUUGGAUCCGGAUAACGCUUCGAAAAUCAUGGGUUACAUACUGAUUCAGGACCAGGGGGAUGAGGAGAUGAUAAGAUUGGCCCAUGUUCCUGAUACUUUCCUCUUUUCUCUCAUCAACCAGGCCAAGGAUUUUCUUGGCCUUUCCUCCAACUCUUCUUCUUCCUCCUCGCAUUCUGCGCCUUCUUCGCCUUCCCCCUUCAGUCCCACCACCAAGUUCGGCCCUCUCACCCAGACACCGCCCAGAAUCACGAUUCCCAACAACAAUGGCUUCCCUUCUUCUCCGUCGUCUCUCUGGCCCUCUGGGUCUCCGGCGUUUUCCAGAAACCACCUCUCCUACGCCGCCGUGGUUAACGGUUCCACAAACCCUCCUCCGGCGUCCUCCGCCACUCCCAGCUCUUCUCCUCACCCGUACUACAAUGGGGAGGCCGCUGAUCAGUUUGAGCCUUUUGACCAGAUAGUGAGCCCGACCGGGAACAAGAGCGAUUCGCUUAUUUUCCCGUACGAGGAGAGCCCUGACCCUCACCACCAGCUUCACAGGCGGCGGUUCUCGAUGAGCGACGGUUUUCUUGGUGGAUCAGAAGACGGUUUGAGGCCUUGCAUGUACUUCGGGAGGGGUCUUGCCAAGAACGGCGGCGGCUUUACUGACUCGGCGGCGGAUGGGUCUGCUUCCGUUUUCGGCGGUUCUCCGGGCAAAAUUGACGCCACCACUUUGGAUGAGCUUGUCCGGAUCAAAGCUCUUCAGCAGCAAAGGUUUUCACAGCUAAUGGGUUCUAGUGCUCACCACCCUUUCUCGUACAGCAAGUGCAUGAACAUUCUGAACGAUAACCCGAGAUCUCCACCAGCUGCAUUGAUGCUGGGGGAAGAGCUCCGCAAGUUUGGGCGUUGCCGAUCAGAAGUUAAUGACUUUUCCAGCAUGGGUUUGGCCGGAUACUCCAAUUCUUGCUCGCGGCAAAUAUACUUGACAUUUCCUGCAGAUAGCACCUUUAGUGAAGAGGAUGUUUCUAAUUACUUCGGCUUGUAUGGUCCAGUGCAAGAUGUGAGAAUUCCUUACCAACAGAAGAGAAUGUUUGGGUUUGUCACAUUUGUGUACCCGGAGACUGUGAAGCGGAUCUUGGCCAAAGGGAAUCCCCACUUUGUUUGUGACUCUCGUGUGCUUGUGAAACCCUACAAGGAAAAGGGGAAUAUCCCAGAAAAAAAACAGCAGCACCAGCAGCACCAUAUGGACAGGGGGAAGUUUACAUCUUGCUUAAGCCCAUCUGGUCUUGAUUCUCUGGAGCCCCAUGACCUUCCUUUCGGACCAAGGAUGUUUUAUAAUUCACGUGAGGCAAUGCUUCGAAGAAAGCUAGAGCAAGAUGCUGAGCUGCAACAGGCCAUUGAGCUUCAAGGAAGAAGACUGAUGAAUAUGCAGCUUUUGGACCAGAAAAAUCAUCAUAAUUAUCAUCAGUUCCAGCCUGCUUCAUAUCCUGGAAUUUCAAUCCCUUCUUUGAGCAGUUCUCUUUCACAAAACCAUCACAGUCUUGUCCCAGAAAUCAAUGCUGACCACCAUGUGAAGCUUCCGUGGGAGCAAACUGAAGCCCAUGAAAAUGAUAGUGGAAAUGAUAAUAGUAUCAAGGAGCAAAGCUCGAAACUCGAUGCCCUUGAACUGAAUGCGAGCACGGAGAACAUGCUCCCAGAUAGCUUUUUUGCAUUCCCUGCAAAAUCUAAGGUGGAAGGAGACAGUGCUUCUUCGCAUGCACCAGCGGAUGCAGAUGAUAGUUCCUCAGCAACACCUUCCAAUGACAUCCCUCCCAUGCUCUCGUCUACUUCUGCUCUUAACAUGGCUUCUCUUCAAGCAUGUUCCCUGAAGAUCCCUAAGCUAACCACCGGACAAGAAGCCAUUGAAGUGUAGGCAGUAGGCUUGAGCAGGAAAGCUGACUUGUAUAUCCAUAACAAAGAAAAGAUCUGCAAGGAGGAUCGCUUUAAAGACAUGUUUUCAUCAUCAAUAGGAUAUUACCGGCAAGAAGGAUACAUAAUGCAUAUGUAUAGGACAGAUGAACUGGUUUAAGGGGAGUAGGAUCCCUUUGUCUAUUUUGUACCCUCUUUUGUAGUUGUGUGCUGGACCCCACAUACACACACUCACAUAAGAAUAGCAUCAUCCUCAUAACAAACAUUACCCCCCACCCCCAGUAGUCUUAAUAUGCCCUAGUAGUAGUAGUAUUGGUGGUGGUAUAACUUUAUAUUUUGUCCUAUAAUCUUAUAAUCUUAUUACCUCAUAUUUACCCUUAUUUCUUAUUUCCUUCUUUA